AUGACCCCAAAAAGCGAUUGGAAGGCCUCAAACUGCCAUCUUCAAAUCUUAAAAGCCGCCGAGGAAGGCCACUACGGUGUCAUCGCUGCCAUCGCCUACAACAUUGAGCAGAUCCUCGGUCUCGUCCGUGCCGCCGAAAAGGCUCGAUCUCCCCUCAUCCUUCAGUUCUUCCCAUGGGCCAUCCGGUUCUCAGAUGGACUCUUGAUACGGACGGCCGCGGACGCUGCUAAGCGAGCCAGUGUGCCAGUGUCUGUCCAUCUUGACCACGCACAAGAUGAGGCCGUCAUCAAGCUUGCGGCGGAUACGCUACCGUUCGAUAGCAUCAUGGUCGAUAUGUCUCAUUACGAAAAGGAGGAUAAUCUAAGAAAGACGGCCAAGUGGGUGUUGUAUUGCAAUGACAGGCAGAUUGCGACCGAGGCCGAGCCUGGCAGGAUUGAGGGUGGCGAAGACGGCGUUACUGAUACGGCAGGGCUCGAGGCCAGUAAGACGACUCCAGAAGAGGUUGAACAAUUCAUCGCGACGGGUGUCGACGUGCUGGCUCCCGCAUUUGGCAACGUGCACGGCGAAUACGGGCCGCAGGGGCCUCAGCUGGACUUUGAGAGUUACUCACUGGUUUCCAGGUUCAAUUCUGUCAAGGCACAGCUCAACAAGAGAGCACAUGUGGCUCUCCAUGGCACCAACGGCUUUCCGCCCGACUUGAUGCGCCAAUGCAUCAAAGCCGGGGCAACCAAGAUCAACGUCAAUAGGGCCGUCCUCGACGACUACUACGCCCACUUCCGAGCCGAUAAUUCCAGGGCCAAGCUUCAUACAGUUCUUAUGGAGGAGGGCGUGGAGAAGGUGAUGAACCAGACGAUCGAGUGGAUGGAGAUUGUUGGUUCAGCGGGUAAAGUGCCUUCUACGUAG